CGCGAAAGGCGCUUGAAAAAUCAAAGCAAUUUUUUUUCUUUAGAUUUUUUAAAUAAAUUCAACCAUAUUCGUGAUUAUGAGUGCUGAAGCUAUGUGCUGAAAAUGUAAUUGAAAUUAAUGGCAAUUUGCCCAAAUGUAAACAAAUCGAAAUUAAAUAAGUUGUAAUUAUUAUUGGAAUUGCGCAUAAAGACAUCCCUUAGCAUAAUGACACCCGUCAAUGAUCUCACACCAUUUGGAAUGUUUUUACUUGGAGAGGAACCGACUAUUGAGGAUUUCAUACUUUUGAUCGGAACAAUUGUGGCUUUCAUUGCGUUUGUUUUGUGGUGCUGUUUCCCAAUCCACCCAAAAGAAGGUCUUGGUCACCAAUCAUUCUCAUGCAAAUCACUGCAUGUUUUGAAAUCAUCAUCAUCAUCACAUCAGAAGUAUGCUGAAGACAAUCACAAUGAGCAGCAUGAUGGCUCUAAAUACGGCCACAAUGCCGAAAUGAAUCCCAUUUAUCACUGUUGCAGCGGCAGCAGCAACAGCAACAGCAACAAUAACUGAGUGAAAAUAAGAGCGGGUGAAUAGUGAAUAGACGUUCACCCGACAAAAAUAAAUCUUGUAGAUAAAACGCAAACAUUCUUCUAGUCAGGUUUGGUGGAACGGUGAAUGAAGAUAUAUGCAAUCGACUGAAAGACUAAAAUGGAAUUAUACGGAAUGGUUUCAACAAAAACAACAACAUAUUCAUCAUAUGAAGCUCGUUUGGAGUGAAUUUUGCCCCAGAAAAAAAACGUUGCUUCUUUCCGACUGAAUAUUAUUUUUAUUAUUUGACUUCACAUCAUUUUUAGUUUGAGUGUAAAUAAAAUUCUAACAUUGCAUUUCAAUUGAACAUAAUAUUUUGUAAUUUGUAUUAUAAAUAAUACUCACACUUGAACUCACCGUUCACAAAUCACAUUUUCAACAACAGUUUCUGUGCUACUCUCUGGUCAAGUAGAUGUAAAUGUAAGAAUUUUAAACGAGAAUUAAGUGUUACAUUUUACAUGAAAUUUGCUGUAAAACUAUUUUUUUCUCUCACUUAAAUUGAACUAAUAAUUGAAAGAUCUAAAAAAAUCAAA